AUGAACAUCUUCAAUUGCAUCUGCCAGGGAGAUGGUGGCCUUUUAGAGUACAGUGAUAAAGCAGUGCUUCAUCAGGGUAUUCUUGAAUCAUUACUUUCUCGAUACCAAGAUACUUUGCCAUCUCCUUUAAUCUUUAGAGUAACUAAUGUAUCCAAUGGGAAACAUGGGUUCGUCGGGGUCAAAGAAUUCACAGCUGAGCCCGGAAGUGUAUUUUUGCCCCUGGUUGUUCAGGAAAAGAUCAAGUUAGAAGGAACCAAUGGUGAAGUUACGAUUGAAUUAGUGGAAACUGUACCCAAAGGUGAGUCCUUAACUCUCAAAUCUAUGAAUCCUGCAAUCACUGAAAACAUUGUCAACUUGAAGUUUUUCCUCGAGGCGAACCUUUCCAUUACCUACACCACAUUGACCGAAGGUGACGUUCUCACUAUCAAGAAUUCCCUUAAUGAUGGCGAAGUUUUUGAGUUCUUAAUCUCCAAAACGGUUCCUGCAAAGACUAUUUGUGUUAUUAAUACUGAUCUUGCGUUUGACUUAGAGCCUAUAGAUAAUAAUGAUGCGCAAGAAAUGAUGGAAUACAAGAAAAAGGUAUUAGAUAACGUUCAACGGAGAAAGAGGCUUCAGAAUGAUUCAACGGUGGAUUUACAGCAAAAUGUUUCAAAAUUGAAGGUGAAUAAUAUCAAAUUAAAUGGAAACGAGAAUACAUCAAAAACAAUAGCUUUCAAAAAUGAUGAAAUAAACAAAAUCUAUUUAGAGGAUGCUGCGCUGCCAUUUAAUAUAAAUUUCUCAAUCAAGUCUUCAGGUGCUGAUGAAACUGAUCUCAAUAAAUUCGACUCACUAAUAUCAAAUGAUCAAUUCAUAGCUAGUGAUCAAUUCAUUUGGUCGACUAUAAAUACCCUGUACAUGAAUGAAUCAAGAAUGCUUACAAUUAGGAGUGAUGAUAUCCACUUAACAAACAAGGAUUCCUUAUUUUUUAUCGGGAAUUUGUGGGAAGAAUCGGCAUCGGUUUACGAAAUCGAAAUAUCAACUGAAAAAAUCGACUCAAAAAUAAAGGAACAAGUUACAGGCACAUUGAUGACAGAUGAGGUAUUAUGUCCUAAUUGUGGGAAAAAAUUGAAGAAACAGAAUCUGUUCCUUCAUGAAAACUUUUGUCUUCGAAAUAAUGUGAAAUGUUCUAAAGGUUGCGGUCAAAUCUUUCUCAAAAAAAUUCCACACACCCACUGGCAUUGUGAAAAGUGUCUGGUAUUCGGUAAUGAACUAACUUCCUUGACAAAACAUGAUAAGUUCAAUCAUCAGCCAUUUCAUGGCUUCAAUUCUUUAGUUAAUUAUGCCAACUAUAAAGCCACGAUUUGGGAAAACAAGCUACACGAGUGCAAGUUUUGUCAUUUGAUAAUCCCAAAGGGAAAGUCCGAUCCUGAAGAUUUAAUAUUGAAUCUAUCUCAUCACGAAAAUACUGUGUGUGGUUCUAAGACUACUGAAUGUUAUAAAUGUGGGAAGAUUGUCAAGUGCAAAGAAUUGGAAUCACAUUUGCGGAUUCACGAUUUGAAUAGGCUAUCCAGAAAUAAGAAUUCUGAUUACAUCCAAUGCUUGAACAGUAAUUGUAUCAAUAUUAUAAAGAACCUUGACUUCACCAAAAUCAAAGACAAGCUCGGGCUCUGUGAUCAAUGCUACAGUCAUCUUUAUUCAGCGGUGUACGAUCCUGAUUACAAGAAAUUAAUAUCAAGAAUUGAAAGGAGGUACAUGAUUCAAUUGACUCGUGGAUGCGGACACUCAUAUUGCAAAAACAAAAAUUGUUUGAGUUCCGGUCUAUAUGUGAAAGUGUCAGUCAAGGACACAUUCAAUCACGUUAAGAAUAGUUUAAUGACAGUUGUUCCGAAUUUGCAAGUAGGAGAGACUUUUCAAAAAAAGGCAGGAACCGAAUAUUCAUUUUGCGUUAGCGAGCUGCUCACAAAGCGCAAAUUAUUGGUGGAUCAUUACUAUCAGCAUGAAUCACUAGAUAAUGGCGCCCAUGUUAAAGAUAAAUAUCGAUACCAUUGGAUAUGCUUGGCGUUCACCGAACUUAGUGCGAAUGAGCAAGAUUUUGAUAGAGUAGAUCAAUGGCUUAAGGACCAUGCUGUUACAGUUGAAGAGGAAUCGGGAUAA